GUGAAGGUAGCGUAAACCCGUGACACGCUUCCGCGGGAAAUUCAGGAGCUGCAACCCGAUUGUUUUCUAGUUUGGAUUACAAACAGAACAACGCUAAUUUAAAACGCUAAUGUUAGCAGACUUUGCCGGUACAGCCUACACAGCAAAAUGUCAAAGAAGAAAGGACUGAGUUUGGAGGAGAAGAGAACCCGCAUGAUGGAGAUUUUCUUUGAAACGAAAGAUGUGUUUCAGCUUAAAGACAUUGAGAAAAUCGCUCCUAAGACAAAAGGAAUAACUCCCAUGUCUGUGAAGGAAGUGCUGCAGAGCCUGGUGGACGACAACAUGGUGGACUGCGAGAGAGUCGGUACGUCCAACUACUACUGGGCCUUCCCCAGCAAGGCCUUGCACGCUCGCAAGCACAAACUGGAGGAACUGCAGACACAGAUUUCUGAUGCAAAGCAGCGGAAAAUGUCUCUACAGAAGGCGGUGGAAAAAGCGAAAGUAGGACGUCAAGAUACAAAAGAGAGAAGCUCUCUGCUGAAGGAGUUGCAAGCUCUGAGAGAAGAACGAACGCAGCUGCAGGCCGAGUUGGAGAAGUAUCGAGAAUGUGACCCAGAAGUGGUUGAAGAGAUGAGAAAAUCAAAUGUGGUAGCAAAAGACGCAGUUUCCAGAUGGACAGACAAUGUUUUUGCCAUCAAGUCAUGGACAAAGAAGAAGUUCGCCUUCGAUGACAGCCGCAUUAAUAAAGCCUUUGGGAUCCCUGAGGACUUUGACUACAUGGACUGACUCCCAUCAUAGCUCACAGUGGUAUCCUGACACACUAUGAGAGGGAGAAAAUAACAGUUUAAGCUUCAGUUUGAAGCUGGCAUACCUGGUCUCUGCAUUGCUAGUUUCUGUUAUUUGUGUUAAAGUGAAAAUAAAUGCAGAAGGCCUGGAGUGGGCUUUGAAUAAGGACGGAUAUCAGCAAUUUCGCUGUAACAGAUGGACUUUAUCAGCAGAUAUGUUGCUUUGGUGCAACCAGAGAAGAGACUGGACCAACCAUUAAUGGCUGUGAAGGGUGAGGGGUGGGGGGGCUCUGUGAUAAACACAACUUAGCAGGCUGACUUUUGGGACACCUGUUUGUAUGAAAACUGAGAGGUCCAAGUUGAUGAUGGAAAGGAAUCAACACUUACCACAUCUGUGUUGCCAGUUACCUAAUUUAUAUGGUUUAAACAGAUGGUUUGGAAUCAAAUUCAUGUGUGCACUUCUUCUCUACAUUUUCCCUGUUUUGUUUUUUGAAGUAUCCUGACCUCGUUCACAAAAAGUACGCCGGUGAUAGGGGAGGGUUAAAUUACAGAGGAUCUCUUUAGGAUUUAUUUAAAGUACAUUUGCUUUUCGCAGAACCUCUUUUCUCGUUUGUCGCAAAUAAAAUGUCCCUCUGAGUUUUACAGGUGAAUUUCAAAAGUUGCAUUCAUUCCAAAACUUUGUGUUCAGUGUCCAAGUACAUUUACAUCUGGCCUCCCAUCUUUUGUGCUUUCAUUUCUUUCGAAAUUGCCACUGGAAUGUUGUAAAAUCUGUCACAAAAGCUCUGCAUUUUUGUCAGAGCUGCACAAUCACUUUCUGUAUGAGCCAAAAAAAAAGGGAACUUUGUUGUCAUGACAUGUCGAGAAUGACUACUGCCCUGCUUUUUCACUCUACUUUUCUGUCAAACCAGAUGCAAAACAGGUAGUUGCGUGUUCUGUGUUUAGUCAGUGACCUAGUUGACAGGCCAAGGUAUCUGGGUUCAUUGAUUUAAAUUUCAAAUGUGCUCUCUCCAUGGUUAUCUUACUCAUCUUUUUUUUCCCCAGUAGAUGAAUAGUAUCCAAACAGAGUGUUAGUUCUUUGUUGGUUUGUUACGUUUCUUAAUUCAAGUAAUUUUUUUAUGUGUAAGUCAUUAAAGAAGAAUGUGCUGGUAUUAAGAGACAAUUUGAGUGAGAAAUAUGUAUCUUGGCAAACAUAUUGUAAGCUACUGAUUAAAAGUGUUUUUAAACAA